GCCUACGUUCUCACAGCAUCCGCGGCCUCGAUCUAUGUGGUCUAUACGAUAAAUUGCGUAUCCUUUAGGAUUGCUAUCGUCUCAUGCUGGACUCAUCGCCUUAACACGUUCGUCUGCGCUCUCUGGCGCAUCCGAAUCAGCAAUGUCGGAGCUGCACAGCUUGGAAAGCCUCGAGGCUCUUCAUGCUGACCUGCUUGCCCUUUCGGAAUCGCGAUUAUUGAAUGUCGAAAGAUUAGGGAUACAGCUUGAGAUUCAUAUCCAGGACUUCAGGGCUCUGUUGGACAAAAAGGCGCGGAACGAACAAAGUCGGAAGAGCUUGGAAACAGGGAAGCUUGAUCUGGAUGGUGGCUACUCUAUCAACGACGAAUUUCAGCAAGGUGCAAAAAAGCUCGCCGACACUUUGGACCUCGAUGAACUGGCUGCUGCGCAAAUCUUCCUCGAGGCGCAGGGAGAAUCUGAAGCUACAGGUCGAUCACUGCUCACAUGUUCGGUCGUUCGCUUUCACCAGCGGAGGAAAGUGUUACUUGAAUGUCUACGCUUGAUAUUUCAACUGGCUGCGGACGUCGAUCGUGAUGAGAUCGAGAGGGACGGGUUGCUACAAUUGAUUGACCAAGUGGUGAAGUCUCAAGGCGCCUCAAACGACUCGUCGAGGUAUAUUCGGAGAUGCCUUGCCAGUAUGGCUGACAUAAGAAGUUGGCUUCAGAAGUUGGCAGAGAUAUUCAACACGGGUUCAGUCAUAGGACAACAAUCUGACGUUACUGAAACCAUAGAAUACCAACGAGUCAGUCUCGUGAAGCAACAUGAGUUACUGGGAAUCAUUGUGUUUUAUCUGGUAAAACAGAACUACACAAUUGUGGCUGACUUUGAACUGGUUGUGGACACGCUGAGAAAGAUGGACAAAUUCGACAGUCUUUUAGUACACUACGUUCCUGCACUCUCCGCCUAUAUAUCACGUUUUGGUGGUCAGGAAUACGGGGCGUCGAUCGUAGAUGCAAGAGCGUUGAAUGAGAAAUUCCUUGGCCAAGCAGAUCAAAAUCCGUGGACUUUGACUUAUGUUCAUGCAGCCUUUCGAGCCUGGUGGCUCGCGGAAUACAGCAGUUGGUAUGGCGAACACUAUGACGGAUCUUUACCACAGAGUCAAUUAGAUGAAGAGAACAGACAACGUUCCAGGCAAUUUACUGAAGCUCUGAAAGAUGGUGCUUUCGACUUCAUGUUAUCUGUCUCGGCGGAUGUCAAAUCCUCUGAUUGGCAUGACCCGGCUCGCCAUGGUUUACGCCAGUGGUUACAGCGAAAAGCACCACAGUUGCUUUCCGAUUCGAUCCCCUUUGCUGAUUUCUUCCAAGUGGUGUUAAUGGAGCAGCUGGAGUCGUUCAUUGAAGGUUUUAUUACGAACUUACCCGACGUCCUGAGAAAGCUGCGACUCGAUGAGGAUGAACAGAGACAACUUAACAAUACGCAUGACCAUGAUCUUGAUCUAGAGAGAUUUAUAGUCACUAUAUCGUAUACUUUUGAAGGUCGACCUAAAGCAGCUCUUGAAGCCUUCUGGGAUGUCCCAGAUGGUGCGCUGGCUGGAUUUAUGCAGUGGGCCUCAAGACGAGCAUCCACACCGCUCGUGAGCGCGUUCUGCGAAAUGCUCCAAGCCCUAUCAGAGGAUGAAGAGUGUGGAGCUGCAGCACAUCAAUUCCUCCUGGAUGAAGGAUCGCAAUCAUCCGGAAAGAUGAGGAGGACUCACUCUCUGACCUGGAAUCAGAUUUUCAAAGAGCUCAACUUCUUCUCCGCAAAAAUCCGUGAUCGUCCCUCAGUACCGCAAACGUAUGGUCCCGGGAAACCCAGUAGUGACCAGGCAGAAUUGGAGCCAGAAUCGUUUCUGAUGCUGGAAUGCUAUCUGCGUCUCAUUACCCGGUUGUGCACAGCGAGUGCGGCGGCGAGACAAUUCCUGUUCCAACAUCCAUCUUUCCAUCUAACGGAGCUACUCUUCCAACUUGCGAGUAGUUCCAUUGAACCUCGCCUCAAGGCAUGUGCUUUUGCCACCCUUCGGUCUCUGCUCACUCAUAAGACCAAAGAAGUAGGGGAAUACUUGUGGGCAUCGUUAGACGUCUGGAUAUCUGGAGGCCAUUCUCCUGGUUCAAAUCUACCCAAAACCUCGACUGCUGUCUCGAUAUCGGCAUCCUCAAUUGAGCGCAUACUCAGGGGGUUGGGAACUGGAUUUGAGGAGCCUAAUUCGUUCAUACAAUUGCUUCACGCCCUCGUGUUGCCUUAUGAGGAUGGAACUGGUCUACACGAUGGCUUGCCCUUCCCUGAGAACCUAGGUGCAUCGAGCCGUAUGCCUGGCAUUGACCCUUAUGUUGACUUUGCCCUUGGUCAAGUUUUUGGAGCUCAGACCUCCGAGCUCAAUGACAUUGUACAAGUGAGGCUUCUGCAAUUGACCUGCCUGGAAUUCAUUGCGACUUGCCUGGAUACAUUCAAUGAGGACUUGGUGGUUUUUGCCAAUCGGUCAAACAUCACGGUUGAUAAUGCCAUCCAUGCAUCGAAUCUCCAAACAUAUGUGCUUCUACACCCAUUUUCGAGGGUCAUGGAGUGGAUGUUUAACGAAAAAGUCAUGAACGCUUUAUUUGCAACCGUACACCAAGAUAUCGCCGACGUUGGAAGUGCAGCACCCGACUCGCCAUUAAUCCUUUGUCUUUUACGCGGGAUCCAUGUGCUCACAUCCAUCCUAGAUCUUCAACCAACGUAUCUGGACAUUGUACGACCUCUCGUCAAACUGCAGUCAACUCAUCGACGAGUUCCUGUCUCCAAUGCCGCGUUUGCCUCCUUUGAAGAUGGCAUCCUUAAUCAUCUGGCUAUAAUUCCAGACUUGGGCCUGUACUGUGGAGCUGGCCACCCCGAGCUUGUCAUAGUAUCUUUAAGAUUACUUGAGAAACUUUCAGCGUCGCCAAAGCUUGCAUCCGCACCAAGUAUAGGUCUAGGAAGGCGUCCAGAUCGAAACAAGGCUAUAGCAGCAUUGGAGGCGAACGGAGAUGCCGAAACGGUUUCGAAGACCCUACUUCAAGAGAUGGUGUCGGAUAUUGAUAUAAACCAAGGGCCGGCAUCUUCUACAUAUAUCAUCAAGCUUCAAAUACUUGAUUUUCUCGUUUCCUGUCUAAAAGCUUCUACAGGCCAACCUACGAUAGGCCAUCUUCUCCUCGGAUUUCAAUGCAAUAACAAUGUUUUAGAUGUCGACCCCAACAGUUCUUUCAACCACGGAGUCUCACUGUUUCAUACGGUCUUGGGGAUAGUGCAGGAAACUCCCAUCGGAGAGGAACCCGGUAUCAUAUCAUCAUGGCUUGUAUCUCUCAAGUACAAGGCUUUACAAGUCCUCCAUCAGCUAUGGCAGGCACCUCUAUCAUCUAAUCUUACCAUGAUUGAGAUGCGUGCAAGUCAAUCACUAUUCAUCAUGUUCAGCAACCACGACUUGAUAUUGCCGGAAGUGCUCUGGGACGGCAAAAGUCUUGCAGAUCCCGACUUUCUGUUGUCUCCGGCCGCUUCUUGUUUGUCGGAAUUUCUGAGUCAACGUGCUCUUAUACUCCAAUAUGUAUCUACGGAACUUCGUCAGGUCUCGCGCAGUCACUCACCAUCUCUGAAGAAACGAAUCUUUGAGACACUGUUGGGCUCAACGACGGCUGAAAAUGGGGAACAGGUAGAAAAUCCAUCCGUGUUUGACCUGUUCGAGUUCGUAGAGCUCGAAUACAACCGACCAGGCACCGUUCCUCAGCUCCCUUGGUUCCCAGACAUGGAUUUAGAUGUCUGCCUUGACGUUGAGGAUGACUCGUUGUCUACCUACAACAUAGCAAGAGUUAGAGAGCUUCUCCUUCUUCGACGAGCUGAACUCGUGAACGAGAAAAUACUAGAAAAUCCACAGGAUGCUGCUCUAGUAGAUGCCCAAGCAGAAGAGCUCAUCAAUUUCUGCACAAUAGACAACCAGGUCAAGCUUUUCUGGGCUUCGCGGCUCAGGUUGCUCCGGUCUUGGGUUCAAUUGGUGCUGCUCAUGAUCGAGACAGGGGACUUUGAAGGGUCAGACAAGACUUCCUUUAUUCUUCGAACGUUGCGCACCAUACUGCCAAGUUUGGAGAACAAGCUUGAGAAUACCGAGGAGUCUAUGGAACUGGCCAAACUUGCAAGAUCCCUUGUAUUCAGCCUCGAUUUCGACUCUGAGUCGUUCAGACAGGGUGACAUGAGGGAUCUGGUAAGUGACAGGCUGUUCCACCUCUUCCAGGUCUCGCUCAGAGCCAUCACUUCCCUUGGUGCGAAUCCACCUCUGAAGGAGAUCUUCUACACUAUCAGCUAUCGCUAUCUGACAGGCAUGUCAGAUGUCUCUGGUAUUUCCGGAGUCUACCGACGGCACAGCACACAAACAAUCAAAGCUGCUGGCGAGCGCUUCAUUGAUUUAGUUUGUGAUGAUGCGCAUGCUGGCGAACCCGUGUGUAGAAUUUCAGCCUUACUCCUUCUCAGUGCCUUGGUUAAAAUGGCCAGACAAGACAACUCCAGAUACAUCAUCGAAUCUCUUGGUCGUUUGAACUUCAUUGGCAUUCUUGUCGAUUCUAUUCGAAAUAUGGCGAGCGAUCUUCGUGAAACAAGUCGUGAAGAUGUUGGACUGCAACUGUCAUAUAUCCAUGCCAAGCUUGCACUUCUACUUCAUAUUUCACAAAGUCGCUUCGGGGCGACAGCUGUACUCAAUGCUGGACUUUUCCAUUCAAUUAAGGUUUCAGGUCUAUUUGUAAUCGAUCCCGAUCUGGGCGUUGAUAUCGAUGCACCAGAUGCAGUUGAAAAGCACUACGAGCUACUGGGUGCUGUUAUGAGAGUGAUAUGUACAGUCAUCUUGAGUCGAGGUCCUCAGAAUGAGCAGACACUUGAGCAAGGACGACGAUUCCUCGCUGAUAACCGGCUGUCCACCCUUGCCGUUCUCAAAAAGUCUGCGGGGCUGGGUAUAGGAGCCGAUGGUUCUACGAAAAGCAUUGACGAACUUGCGGACUCAUAUAUGCUACUCAUGUCUGUCACAGGUUUCCUCGACUUCGAAGAGACUACCCAGACACAGCCAGCAUUAAAAGCGUUCACUUGAGAUUCCAGAUACUGUAUCAUAGAUAUCAAUGAAAACAUGACACUUGAUGUUGCUAAAGGAGAUUCGAGGAUGUAUAUAUGCCAUUUACCCCUGUGGAUAUUGUGACGGUACUUUAGAGAGAGCUUGAAUUAGAAUAUAGGUGUAGGCUACUUAAUCGUACAAGG